UCCAUUAUUGGAGAUCAUGCAUUCUGUCAUAGCUGCUACUCCGAAAUGCAGUAAAUUCAAUGCUCAGUAUACAAGCCUUACUUACAAACUGUUUUUCAUAUUCUUCUUCUUCUUCAUUGUUGCUCCUUAUACCCUGCAAACAUCUAUCGUAAAUAGAAAAUCAGUGAAAAUCUUUUCUAAUAAAAUUCUCUCAUAUAAUCCAUGUAUUCCUGCUAAUUGAUGCAGCACUUACUGAUCUAGGAUACACGAUGCAUAGAAGUGGCAACAAAACAUAUAUGUGCCAGGGCAGAUCAAUUGAAAGAAUCAGUAUGCAAUUCCAGAAGAUCCAACUAUCAGCUUCAUUAUGACACUGCAUGGAUAGCAAUGGUCCCUUCUCCAACUUCUCCUAACCAUCCAUGCUUUCCACAAUGCCUUGAUUGGAUAAUAAAGCAUCAACAUUCUGAUGGAUCAUGGGGACUCGAUCACUUCCAACCCUUUCUCGUUAAAGACUACCUGUCUUCGACAUUAGCUUGUGUAAUCGCGCUCGAACGCUGGAAAGUUGGUCAGGAACAAGUCAGGAGGGGUCUGAAUUUUAUUGGGAGUAAUUAUUCAUCCAUUUUGGAUGAGCACUUGCAGUCACCUAUUGGCUUCGAUAUUGUAUUUCCAGGCAUGAUUGAAUAUGCCAUCAACAUUGGUUUAGAUGUUCCUAUAGAACAUCAUGAGAUAGGGAACAUGCUCGGCCGACGAAAUGCAGAACUACUCAGGUUGGAAAUGUUUUGACCAAGUUGUAAUUUAGAGAAGAACCUAAAAAACAAUUUGAUUACCAAGUGUUAUGUGAGCAUGCUAAGAAUGUUAUAUACAUGUUUUUUUCCCUUGAUGCAGAUGAUGUAGACUAU